AUGGCGUCGACAGAGACGGUCAAGGUCAAGGUCGAGUUUGGAGGCGGCACCGAGUUGCUGCUGGCACCACCGCAAGACAAGAGGCACUCUCUCACCCUGCCACGCAAGGAUGCGGCGGGCACCGAGACUAAUGUCACGUUCUUGAUCGAAUACAUCCGCAAGAACCUCAUCACCGAACGAGAGGAGCUCUUUGUCGACGGCGACUCGGUCCGACCAGGCAUUCUUGUCCUCAUCAACAACAGCGACUGGGAGCUCGAAGGCGAAGGCGACUACGUUUUGCAGGAUGGCGACGAGGUUGUCUUCAUCAGCACGCUGCACGGUGGGUGA